CUCUUUUUGUCGCAGGUUGGAGAUCCACGCCAACAUCCUUCCACCUGCGAAGUCGAGCCCAUACACACCUCGACACAUCUUCACGGUCGAUCGACUACCAAUUCCGACGUACUCGAAGCCGACAGUGUUCAGCAGUCCAUCUGAAGAAGACAUGGCUGACGCCCACAACCCGCCGCUCAACUAUGAAGCCUCCAACACCACCACCAACCCACUGAUCUCCACGGCUUUACCCCCAGAAGUAUCACAAUGCCUCAAGAAUGCCCGUUUCCUGCAUCUUGCAACAAUAAGUGCAAGCCAGACCAGCCCACCGACCCCCCACGUGUCCUUGAUGAACUACACUUUCCUGCCUUCAUACGACCACCACGGUCCCGUCAUCAUCAUGACCACCAAUGCAAAGUCCAUGAAAACUCAGAACCUGAUGCACAAUCCAAAGGUAUCGAUCCUGGUGCACGACUGGGUGUCCCACAGACCACCGACAGCCACGUCAGUGGGUGGUGAGCAACGAGCCGGAUCUCCGCCCGCUGCCGCCGCUCGCUCGUCUCUUGCCACUCUCCUUCUGAAUCUGAACACAUCGGCCCUAAGUUCAAUAUCAACCACUAUAGCAGGAGAAGCGAGAUUCCUCGAACAAGGCAGUGAGGAGGAGAAGUGGUGCAAAGAGGCCCAUCUGGCGAAUAACACAUUCGGCGGUCAAGUGACGCAAGAGGCAGGGUUUUUCAGCGGACAGCCGGCCCAUGCCGACGCGGAGAACAGUAGCUGUUAUAUCGAAGGAGAUGAUGUGAGAGUGGUCAUUGUUCCCGUGCGUGAAGGAAGGAUAGCGGAUUGGAAGGGAGGUGUCAAAGAUUGGGUCCUGGUCGAUGAAGAUGCUCCACCAUCAAGUGCUCCUGGGCAUCCUGCCACAGGGGAGAGAGGCAGAAGUAAUGGUCAACCAUUGGUGAACGGGAUCAGAGAUUGAAGAAUCUAUCAAAACUUUUUCGUGCCGAGGAUCAGAUUUCGAGCUGUGGCAGGAUGCCUCAUCGCUUGAUCAACACGCUGUACGAACCGCGCAAUUGAGUCGGGACAGAUUCUUUCUCCCAAUGGGUCCCCGCCACCGAUCAAAAAAUCUCGCCAUCGUCUCGUUGCAAUGUCCAAAACUUUGGAACUCAACCAACAUCAAAACGCCAGAUCGUAAUGCCUUCAGGCUUUCCAAAAGGUUCAACCAAAAAUAACUGCAACGCUAAGAACCGACAAAUCUUUCUCUUGCUCUAAAAAAAGGCGGCGAAAGGCGCGAAUGAGGCGAAGGGAGGGGUAUGUACACAAGAUAGUAUGUCCUCGAGAGGCGCGGAUAGGGAAAAGGCCCAGCUGAGAGGGCAAAUGCGAGGUGGCAGGAGGAAAGCCUGGGCGUGAGGCCAAGGUGGAAAAGUUGACAGUGUUGUCGAACCUGGACUUCAUCACAUCACCGUACAUUUUGAGUCGUCUUUCGAGCGAGCCGGCUUGACUUGCAGCGCCACUCGGGCGGCCUCUGUAAAAGCUUCAUUUACGCCUCGGUUUCGCAUCGCCGAGCAUUCUGCC